ACAAGGAAGUCAUGGAGGAGAAUUAUGAGAUGGUGGCCUCUCUAGCAGAGACUCUGAUACUCAUGUCUGAGCUCAUCUUCUCACUUGGAACAGAAAAAUACAGGGAUGUUGUCCUGGACCAAUUGAGAGGUGAUGGAGAAGGCAAUCAGAAUUUUGAGGGGCCAUCUGUAAAGUACUUCAGCAUGAGCGAACACCUUAACACACAACUACAAACUAACGCAGGGGAGAAACCCUUUAAAUUUAUGGAGUGUGGGAAGAGUUUCAUUGAGAGUGGAGCUCUUACAAGACAUCAACGAACUCACACAGGGGAGAACCCAUUUCAAUGUAUGGACUGUAGGAAGAGCUUCAGGGAUAUGGGAAAACUUACAAGACAUCAACGAACUCACACAGGCGAGAAACCAUUUAAAUGUAUGGAGUGUGGUAAGGGUUUCAUUGGCAGUGGAGCUCUUAAAGUACAUCAACGAAUUCACACCGGGGAGAAACCAUAUAAAUGUUUGGAGUGUGGAAUGAGCUUCUAUCAUAGGGAAUCCCUUAAUAUGCAUCAGAUAAAUCACACAGGGGAGAAACCAUUUAAAUGUAUGGAGUGUGGGAAGGUUUUCAGUCAAAGGGGAAAACUUACUGUUCAUCAACGGACUCACACAGGGGAGAGACCAUUUCAAUGUAUGGAGUGUUUGAAAGGUUUCAUUGACAGUGGAACUCUUACAAGACAUCAACGAAUUCACACCGGGGAGAAACCAUAUAAAUGUGUAGAGUGUGGAAUGAGCUUCCGUCAUAGGGAAACGCUUAAUGGGCAUCAAAGAAAUCACACAGGGGAGAAACCUUUUCAAUGUUUGGAGUGUGGGAAGGUUUUCAGUCAAAGGAGAAAACUUACUGUACAUCAACGGAAUCACACAGGGGAGAAACCAUUUCAUUGUAUGGAGUGCGGAAUGAGCUUCAGUGAAAAUGGAAGCCUUACCCAACAUCAACGAACUCACACGGGGGAGAAACCAUUUAAAUGUAUGGAAUGUGGGAAGGGUUUCAGUCGGUGUUCACACCUUACUAUACAUCGAAGAACUCACACAGGGGAGAAACCAUAUAAAUGUUUGGAGUGUGGGAAGGGUUUCAGUGAAGGGGGGAGACUCAUUGUGCACCGACAAAGUCACACCGGGGAGAAACCAUUUAAAUGUAUGGAGUGUGGGAAUUGUUUCAUUGAGAGAGGAGCUCUUACAAAACAUCAACGAACUCACACAGGCGAGAAACCAUUUAAAUGUAUAGAGUGUGGGAAGGGUUUCAUUGAGAGAGGAGCUCUUACAAAACAUCAACGAACUCACACAGGUGAGAAACCAUUUAAAUGUUUGGAAUGUGGGAAGAGCUUCUGUCAGACUGGAGCUCUUGCAACACAUCUACGAACUCACAAAGGCGAGAAACCAUUUAAAUGUAUGGAGUGCGGAAAGAGUUUCAGUCAGAAUGGAAACCUUACUAUACAUCAACGAACUCACACAGGCGAGAAACCAUUUAAAUGCUUGGAAUGUGGGAAGAGCUUCAGUCAGAUUGGAGCUCUUACAACACAUCUACGAACUCACACAGGCGAGAAACCAUUUAAAUGUUUGGAAUGUGGGAAGAGCUUCAGUCAGAAUGGAGGUCUUGCAACACAUCUACGAACUCACACAGGCGAGAAACCAUUUAAAUGUUUGGAAUGUGGGAAGAGAUUCAGUUGGAAUAGAGUUCUUACAAGACAUCAACGAACUCACACGGGAGAAACCAUUUAAAUCUUUGGAGUGUGGGGAGGGUUUCAGUCAAGGGCAAAACUUACUGUUUGAGGCUGAAAAGGCGUUUCCCAUAAGCUCUGUAUGAAUAAAGUUUCUAUGUUAGUAUUAAGGGUGUUCUUUCAAAAUAGUUGGUUUUGAGUUUCCCAGGGUAUCAAACAACAGCAUUGAUGUAACAUUUAUAUGUAACUAAUUAACAUUUAUAUGUAAUGAAUGACACAAUAUUAAUACUAAUGUUCAGAUAUAUAGUUAAUUUCUUAAAGAAUAUAUGUGUUUUAGUGAAAUGUCUUUAUUCAAUCAUAGGAAUAGUCAAUCAGGGAUUGUCUGUGAGGACCACAAGUGAUCUCAUGGUAUAAUUGAUGAUAUAUUUAGUAUGCUUAAUGGUAUGAAUGGAGAAGUGUCUGAAGUGAGUGGGAUCAGAUGGCACUAUGACUCUGAAGACAAGAUAAAGAAAUGAUUAAAUGGAAGAUGAAGAAUUAUUGAGUUAGCCAGUGGACCUGGCGAAAACAGGAUGGACAAAAAUAAUUGGGCGAGAAUAUGACAUAAGCAGGAUGACAGCAUGUCUGGGUGAAGUAGGGCAACCUGAAAACUAAAAAUAUGAUGAAUGAGUAGUGAAUGAAUGAGUCCUUAUUGCUUAUUACUUGUUAAUCAAUAAAGGGUGGUAAUCUGAA